AUGCCACAUGAAGGGAGAAUACAACAUUCUCCUCCCAGAACCUUUAAAGGGGAUAUCUCAAGUGAUGGGUAUGUACCCAUUGCUCCUCAGCGUCUAUCUGCAAAAGGUGCUGAGCCCUUUAAAAGAAGCACUAUUGCUGCUCCCUAUGACUAUGGUACUCCUCAGCGGGUCAAUCAUGUCGUUCAGCAACACUCUAGUGCCCAAUCUUCCUCUCAGCUGGAACCUACCCAUGCAAAUUCAAUGUCUGAUCAUCUAAUGAACAGAAGGGUUAGGUUCGCCAAUGCAAGACACCAGCAAGUACUUUUCUCAAAGGCUGUACAUGCUACUCCUAAAAGAGGAAGACUACCUUCUCAAAACAGAUCUCAAUCUAUGCCUUCAAAAUCAAAUCUAAGGCAUGUUACUCCUAAAAGAGGAAGACUACCUUCUCAAAACAGAUCUACCACUCCUCAGCGAGGACACUUUCCUCAUCAUCAGGUAAGGCCUAUAACUCCUCAGCGAGGACAUUUGCCAAAUCAGCAAAUGAGACCUACUACUCCACAAAGAGGACAAGUACCCUCUCAGCAUAGUCAAUCCUUAGUGUCCAACAAGGUGUACUUACCUAGGCAAAUGAGCCCAAGAGAUGCUCCAACGGUUGUAUUUCAACCAGACAUCUCUACAGCUACUGGAACAUCUUCUUCCUAUACACGGAUCAGUGAGAACCUCUCUACUGAGCCUGUUAUCAGUGACACCUCCUCUGUCACAAAUGCAAGCAUUGCUGAAGUACCUUCAGUUAAUCUUGCUGACAUAGCAACGGAUGAACAAAGUGAACCCUAA